AUGUCAGACAGUCUCCAAGGAAGUCUCGCAGCUGGAGCAGCUUUUCAGCGUGAUUUUCAUCAUCCAUACACUCCUUACCCGAUCCAGCUUGAUUUCAUGAACGCUUUAUAUGAGGUUCUCGAGGACGGUUCUGAACGGUAUACUACGCCAAUUGAGAGUUUAAGGGUGAUCUUUAGUAGUGGCAAAUCAUUGAGCUUAAUAUGUGGUUCAUUAACUUGGCUCCGAGAGCAUAAAAGGCGGAAGCUUAAUGAUGAAUUAGAACGAGGUGUUGAUGAUGGUAAAACACCUGGUUGGGUGUUAGCUCAUGCUCGCAAGGAGAGGAAAGAGAAUGCUCUUCGUUCUCGAAGAGAAAUGGAAGCGAGACUUCAAAAGGUUCGAGAGAAAGAAAAAAGAGAACGGGAGCAAUAUAUGCGAAAAAUGAAUGAGCAGCAGCAGGUUCGAAUGUUUGGGGUGAAGAGACAGAAACCCGAUGGCAGUCGGAAUGCAGAAGACCUUGAAGUCCUAGAAGCACAAUUUGAGCUUGAUGAUUAUCAUAGUGAUGACGAGAGUGGAGAUCAAAAUGACCCUGCAUUUGCCGGUUUAUCGAAAGAGACAAUUGAGAUGAUGAAGAAGGUGGGAUAUGGUCCUCUAAGAUCAAAAGAGGAAGAGGAGGAAGUACCAGACGAGAUAAAGAUAUUCUACUGCUCAAGAACUCACUCUCAACUGUCGCAGUUCACAGCAGAGUUACGACGGGUACAUCUCCCCCCGACAUAUGAAGAUGAUCUAACCGAGGAAAGUGAGGAGAAACCCGAAGAGGUGGUAAAACAUUUGUCCCUCGGAUCUCGCAAACUGCUUUGCAUCAACGAUAAAGUCAAUACUCCAUCAGCUUCUGCAAAUACAGUCAACGACCGGUGUUUGGAUUUACAACAAUCAAAGUCAGCUGAGAAUAAAUGUCCAUUUCUAUUGCCAAAAGCCGACAAUCAACGAAAUGUCUUAAAUCGAGAGUUCAGGGAUUUGGCAUUGGCCGAUAUCAAAGAUAUCGAAGACCUUCGUGGUGUUGGCGAAAAGUUGAAAAUAUGCGGAUACUAUGCAUCUCGUGAAGCUAUAAAACCCACAGAGAUAAUUACCCUGCCUUAUCCCCUGCUACUUCAAAAGUCCUCUCGCGAGGCGCUGAAAAUCAGUGUGAAAAAUCAUAUCAUAAUCAUUGACGAAGCUCACAACCUCAUGGAUGCUGUCUCGAAUAUUCACUCAGUUUCGAUAUCGCUAUCUCAGCUUACAAAAUGUGCGGACAACCUCGCAGCGUACAUACUAAAGUUCGGCAAGAAACUGAAAGGCGGUAAUAGAGUUUACGUCGCUCAAUGCCAUCGUCUAGUAAAAACUCUUAAGACGUGGCUCGAAGACAAGUUCUCUAUUCAGCCCAAUGCAAUUGAUCCGAAGGUCCCACCCAAAAUUCCAGAUGGGACCGUAAAGCAAGGAGAUUUGCUUCAACUUAAAGGGAUUGAUCAAAUUCAUAUCUUGAAACUCGGCAAAUAUCUAGAAGAAAGCAAGUUGGCACGAAAGGUCGAAGGCUAUACUAUGUUUCAAGAGAACGAGAAGCUUGCAGAUCAAGCGAAAAAGCAGAAGAUUCCUGCGGCAAAAGCCAGGAAAGUCGCCACCUCAGGCGGACUUCCAGUGCUGAGCCAUGUGUACGCAUUUCUUCUUACUCUGACAAAUCCUGAGAAAGAAGGGAAGGUAUUUUAUGGCCCAAUAGAUGAUGCAGGCGCCAAAGAUUUUCGAGCCGCGGUGGGGUUUAGAUACAUGCUCUUAGAUCCCACCCAUCAUUUCAAAGAUCUUGUUGAGGACGCGCGAGCGGUUGUCCUAGCCGGUGGUACUAUGGAACCAAUGUCGGAUUACGUCAAUCAUCUCUUUCCUUAUUUACCUUCUGAGAGGCUUCGAAUGGUCUCCUGCGGCCAUGUGAUACCCCAAGAUAACAUGCUGGCGAUGACGGUGCCAAUGGGUGUUACGAAUCAAGCAUUCGAAUUUACAUUUGAGAAACGAAAUGGUCCGAAAUUGAUAACGGAACUCGGAAAAACUAUAUUCAAUUUGUGUAAAGUUAUUCCGCAUGGGGUUGUCGUCUUCUUCCCAAGCUACGCGUAUUUGGAAACCGUGGUUAAAGUUUGGGAAGAGAAAGGACCGGAAGGAACCGCAAGUAUCUACGAAAAUCUACAAUCAAGGAAAGCCGUGUUCAGAGAGGCAAAGGGAAGCAGUAGUGUCGAAGAUAUCCUACGAGAUUAUGCAAAGGCGGUCGACGAAGGAAAGGGAGCCUUAUUACUCAGCGUUGUUGGUGGCAAGAUGUCCGAAGGUAUCAAUUUUUCAGAUAAUCUUGGUCGAGGAGUCAUCAUGGUUGGAUUACCUUUUCCCAACAUUCACAGCGCGGAAUGGAAAGCAAAACUGGAGUUUGUGGAACAAUCAAUGAUCACACGCAGCGAAAGUGCUGUCGCUGAAGGUACUAGCUUAGAUGCGACUAAACUCCAACAAGAAGCGAAAGCUGCUGCGCAAGGUUAUUAUGAAAAUGCAUGUAUGCGGGCCGUCAAUCAGAGCAUUGGAAGAGCGAUACGCCACCGAAACGAUUAUGCAGUUAUCCUUUUGUUGGAUAAGAGGUUUAGUCGGGAUAACAUUUGGGGCAAAUUGCCAAAAUGGAUUAGAGAUGGAACGAGCGGGGUGGCGGCAGGGAAGGCUGGGGAGGUGAAGUUCGGGAUGGUGAUGACAGGUGUGGGGAAGUUUUUUCGAAACAAAGUGGCGUGA